AGUCUUAACCGACCUGACCGGGCCCCUCUGCUGACCUGUGACCGGCUGCGUCAGCGCGCCGUGCUGGUGCUGAGCUGCGGCGCUGAGGUGCCGACGCGCUGGCCGCUGUCCCGCUGCGCGCUGCUCGUGCCGCUGCUGCCUCCCGCUGCCGCUGGUCCACUGGUACAGCGGUGCCGUGCCUCCUCAGUGGCUGUCCGCUGUCUGCCCGUGAGGCCCGACUGGGAGGCGCUGAGACACCCGGAGAGACACGUGCUCGUCUCCCCUCCCCCUGCACCGCCGCCGCCCGGACCCCCGCCGGCCGGCCAGCCGGUCUCGGUGGUGGCCUGUGCUUCUGCUGCCGAACGCUGGGGUCUGCGGCGUCUGGAGGAGCUCUCCGGUCACACUGUCACCGCCCACGUCAGAGAUUACAGCCGGCUGGUCGGGCUCUCUGCCGGCCCGUUCCCCGAUCUGGUGCUGGCCGCCGACUCCUGUCUGCUGGUGCGCUCCCUGGCCGACCUGGCGUCCCCCUCGGACGGCCAGCGGCUGGCGGCGGAGGUGCGCGCUCUGCAGCAACAGGCGGCGCUCUGCUGGCUGGGGUGGUGGGCCGCCGCCGCGCCGCCGCCGCCGCCGAUACCGACACCAUCUCUGGUCUCUAAGUCUCUUGUCUCUAAGUCUCUGUGUCUCUAA